AUUUUUUUUCCCUUCUUCUUUUUUUCUUUUUCCUGAGAGCAAAAGCAGAGUCCGGUGCAAUGGCUCACAAUCAGCUCGGUCCAAUUUUCUCGCCAUAAAUGACGACUGGUCCAUGAUUGCCACAGCCAUUGUGGUUUAUCUCCUGUGGUGACUGCAGACUCAAGAGUUUCCUUCCUUCCCACAUCUCAAGACCCACUGAUCUCACCAUUCCUCUAACUCGCCUUUACAUUUGCCCCUUUUCCCCUCUCUUCCCUCUUUCUUCUACUUCUUGCCACCAUCUGCACCCCAGCAAAGACCUACUUUUGGAGCCAAAAUGGAGGACACUUACAAUAAUAGGACUUCCCUAGUUAAGGGGGCCAAGGACAUUGUCAAGGAGGCCAAAAAGCAUGCAACAAAGAAAGUCAACAAGGUGGUAGACCAUGCUACAGACGAGUACUCUUCUCACCGCAACUACACUCGAUUCCAGGACGAGGUGGACGAAGAUGAGGAUUUCUAUCAGAACCCGCCGAGGCAGGACGGUGAGAGCUACCGCGACAACGAGGAGGGCUCAAGCGAUGCUACAGAGGGCCACGACGAUGAGGACGAGAUCUAUGAGGGCGAGUACCAGGGCAUCCCCUCAUCCGCAGGAGACAAGAAGCAGGGCCAGGUGGCGCUGGGGAAGCCGAUGUCUGACGCCACAAAGGACCGUGGCGAGCUGGAACAGGAGAGGCAGGCUGACGAGGAGGAGCUGGCCCAGCAAUAUGAGCUGAUCAUCCAGGAGUGUGGCCACGGCAGGUUCCAGUGGCAGCUGUUCCUGGUGCUCGGGCUGGCACUCAUGUCGGAUGGGGUGGAGGUGUUUGUGGUGGGCUUUGUGCUGCCCAGUGCGGAGACAGACAUGUGUGUGCCCAACUCCAGCUCGGGAUGGCUAGGCAGUGUUGUGUACUUGGGAAUGAUGGUCGGAGCGUUCUUCUGGGGAGGAAUGUCUGACAAAGUGGGCCGUAGACAAUGCCUCCUCAUCUGCAUGUCCACGAAUGGCUUCUUUGCCUUCCUGUCAUCUUUCGUCCAGGGAUAUGGCUUCUUCCUCGUUUGCCGUCUCGUCGCGGGUUUCGGGAUAGGAGGUGCUGUGCCCAUCGUUUUUUCUUUCUUUGCCGAGGUGCUGUCCAGGGAGAAAAGAGGAGAGCACCUCAGCUGGCUGUGUAUGUUCUGGAUGAUUGGUGAGAUCUAUGCAUCUGCUAUGGCAUGGGCCAUCAUACCACACUAUGGUUGGAGCUUCAGCAUGGGUUCAGCAUACCAGUUUCACAGUUGGAGGGUGUUUGUCGUCGUCUGCGCCCUACCCUGUGUGUGCGCUGUGGUGGCACUUACCUUUAUGCCUGAAAGUCCCAGGUUUUACCUCGAGGUGGGGAAGCAUGAUGAAGCCUGGAUGAUCCUUAAACAGAUCCACGACACCAACAUGAGAGCGCGUGGGCAACCUGAGAAAGUCUUCACUGUAAACAGGAUCAAAACUCCACGGCAGCUGGAUGAAUUUGUUGAAAUGGAAUCAGAAUCUGGCAACCCAGUUUCCAAGGCUUUCUUCAGGAUAAAGGCUGAAGUUCGUGGGAUCUAUCUGAACCUUAUGAAGUGUUUCAACUACCCAAUGCGAGAAAACAUGUUGCGACUGGCCAUAGUGUGGUUCACGCUGUCAUUCGGAUAUUAUGGCCUGUCAGUCUGGUUCCCUGAUGUCAUCAAACAUCUGCAGGCUGAUGAGUAUGCCUCUAAAGUGAAGAUCCAUAACAAUGAACGCAUCGAAGGCAUCACCUUCAACUUCACCCUGGAGAACCAGAUACACAAAAAUAUUCUCUUCAUUAACGACCACUUUGUCAAUAUGAAGCUGAAGUCUGUCACCUUCAUUGACUCCACCUUUCGUAACUGCUACUUUGAUGAUGUGACAUCAGUGGGCUCCUUCUUCAGGAACUGUACCUUCAUUGACACGUUCUUCUUUAACACAGAUAUCGAUGAAUCUAAAUUAAUUGAUGGCACAGAGGUGAUCAACAGCACAUUCACCCACAACAAGACAGGGUGCCAGAUGACUUUUGAUGAUGACUACAGCGCCUACUGGGUUUACUUCAUCAACUUCCUGGGGACUCUGGCUGUUCUUCCUGGCAACAUCGUGUCUGCUCUCCUUAUGGAUAAAAUUGGGCGUCUCUCUAUGUUAGGUGGCUCCAUGAUCCUAUCAGGCAUCAGCUGUUUUUUCCUGUGGUUCGGCACCAGUGAAUCCAUGAUGAUUUUCAUGUUGUGCCUUUAUAACGGCCUGAGCAUCUCUGCCUGGAACUCCCUGGAUGUUGUCACCACUGAGUCCUUCCCUACUGUCAGGAGGGGAACAGGCUUUGGGUUCUGUAAUGCUCUGUGUAAGCUGGCAGCAGUUCUAGGGAACCUGAUUUUUGGUUCUCUUGUUGGCAUUACCAAGGCCAUUCCUAUCCUCAUGGCGUCAUCAGUGCUUGUUGGGGGAGGCCUGGUUGGACUACGGCUGCCUGACACUCGGGCGAAUGUCCUCAUGUAACACUAGUGUAGCAGUGCUCACCUGGGCUAAAAUCUGGAUGUGAGAGUCCUAGAGAAAGCCCGGUGUGCAUUUUGAGGAAGGAGUGCAGCUGGCUUGGUUUUUUAUACAUAUCUUAACACACAUCUCAAAACUUGCUGAUGUAUAAAUGGUAAAGCAAAACCGCAAACACACCUUUUCACAAUGUGUCUGAUGCAAACCUUGUGAGGUGAUAAGUUCAACCAUUUUGUGAAUCAUUUAUCUACAGAGUUCUUGUUGGAGUUUGGUUUGUCGAGGUUGCACCUUCCAGCUGCAGUCAUAGCCUUAUGUGGUAAAACUGCAUGGUUAAAAUCUGAAGGCUUUUAAUAUUGAUACAGUCUUAUUAAGCCAAUCCAGAUGGAUAGAAAAGUGCAAAAACAAGCUGUAAUGAGCACAGCCAACCUGCUGUGUGACAACGCAGGGACUAGAUGAUCAGACAGUUCAUACUCGUGACACAGCUGUAUGACAGCUGGCUUGCCCACAGAACUAACUAUCAGUACACAGACCAUGUGUGCCGACAGUCAUCAUACAGAAAUAAAUAUAAAGAAAAACAUGCAGCAGGUACCUCAUUUGCAAAAAUGAGAUACAUAUAUCUAAUUAUUUUCACUCGCUUGCAUCUAACAUCAAUCUGCUGUAUUUAGAUCAGUGUCAUAUUUGCUCCUAUAUCAGCAACCUUCACAAAGAAGCCCAUUUACAUCAGAGACCAAGCCCUUUGCACUACUUACCCAAUCAAGAAUCAAAAAGGCCAUAUAGAAACACUUUUCCUGUAUCAAUAAUUGUAUGUCACGUUGAAUAUGAACAUGGAAAUUUUUAUUUUCUGCUGUGUGUUUGUGAAAGCCAAAAUAAUGAUUUAUUCCUUUUGUCCAAAUCUCUAUGUGUGGUAUUAUUUAAAAAAAAAAAAAAAAAGGCUCUAAGAGGAGCUAUCCUUCUGAUUUAGCUUUGUGUUGGAUCCUGCUUGUGGCAGUAACAUGUCAUGCUGCUUCCUUUCAAAAAUACUGAAUGGCCUUUUUUAAUGUGCCUCUCCUUGACUGGAGCAGAUGCCCAUAGUCAUGUGCUGUCCAAAGGUUUUGAGGAACAGACGGAAACUGAACAGGGAUUAGAUUAAAAAACGAAUAAGUAAUUUUAUGUACAUGUGUAAAAUAUGUCACAGAUAUCGAUUCAUUUUUGGUCUUAAUGUCAUGUUUUUUGUUAGACAUACUUAUUUUGCUAAAACUUUUGUUUCCUUCUCUCCUGCAAAAAUGUCACUGCUAUACCAAUAGUAUCAUCAAGAUAUGACCUGUGGUGUUAGUUACCAUGCAUGACGGCAAAAUAAUAAUGUAGAUAACACCCACCUCGUUAUGACGGCUGAUUGGUGCCACCCACAAAGGUUUUUUAAAUGCAUCUUAAUUUAAUCCAAAUUAACCCCAUUUUUGUUGGUUAUAGUCGUUAUAUUCACAGUUGUACAAAACUGAAACUUCUAGGGAACAUUAAUCUUUUACCUCUCAUUAGACUUGAUCUCACUGGCCACUUGGUUAGGUACACCUAUUUAGCUUUAGUCAAGACGGCCUGAUCAAGCACACACAGAUUAUCAGAAUGAAGAUGAAAGAUGAUCUAAGUGACUUUGAACAUGACAUGGUUGUUGGUACCAGAAAGGCUGGUCUUAGUAUUUUAAAAAACUGAUUAACCUACUGGGAUUUUCCCCACACAAUCCUCUCUAGGGUUUACAAAGAAUGGUCCGAAAAAGAAAUGAGAAAAUACUUUGUUGAUGUUGAGGUCAAAGAGAAAGGCCCGACUGCUUUGAGCUGAUGAUGAAGCAGAUGAGACUAUAGCAGCAGAAGACUGCAUGUGGUGUCACUCUUGUCAACUAAGAACAGGAAACUAAGAUUACAAUUCACAUGAGCUCACCAAAAUUGGACAUCAGAAAAUUGCCUGGUCUAAUGAGUCUCGAAUUUGGCAUAAACAACAUGGAAGCAUGGAUCCAUCCUGCAUUACAUCAGUGUGUCAGGCUGCUGCUGGUGGUGUAAUAGUGUGAUGAAAUUUUCGUAGUACCAAUUGAGGAUCAGUCUACCUGAGUAUUGUUGCUGAUCAUGUCCGUCCCUUUAUGACCACAAUGUACCCAUCUACUGAUGGCUGUUUUCAGCAAAGCUCAUAUCAUCUCAAGCCAAUUUGAGGUGAUAUGAGUUAUUGUACAUCAUGUCUUUCAACACCUGGACCUCAAUACAUGCCAUGAUGAAGAUAAUAAAAUAAAGAUAUCAGGAAAAAAAAUUGAUGCAGCCCCCCCAGAUGUAUAACAAUUCAGUUGCUCUCAGUUUUGAAUAAUUAACGUGUGUAUUGUAUUUUCUGUGGUGUUAGCUUAUUUUAACCUGCAUUUCUCUGUAUUUGUGGCAACUGUAACUUCAGUGUAGACCUGGUUUGUGUCUGUGCUGCAGGUGGCUCUCUCUCAGCUACUCAAAAAAACAAAAACUGUACUGUACUUGUGCACAUCAGAUUUUCCCAGAAUUUGUAAAAUAAGUUGGAAAGUGAAGUCUGCUGCUAUUGUGCAACAUAUUUUUUGAGCACAUAUAUAUAAUUUAAACAUUUUUUAAACUAAAAUAUAUGACAUAGAGAAUCUAAAUUACAAAAAAAAAAAAGAAAGAAAAAAAAAAAACUUGCCCAGCAAUAUUGACCUAUGUCAGUAGCAAAGAAUAUCAGAAGGAGUCAUCAGUAUGAAUGGAAAAAUGUGCACUGUUGUACUGGAGAAGUAAUACUACCUAACAUGUUGGUGUAUUUGGGGAUUUGGAUUAUAUGUACUGUAUUUGUGUGUAUGCAAAAGACAGCGAGUCUGAGAGGGAGAGUGUGUGUGGGCUUGUGUAUGUAACCAUGAAUGUAAAUAUUAUGUACAUAUCAAAGCUGAUGUUAGUGAAGUUUCUGGGUUAAAUGUUUCAGCUCCUUGAGGGGACACGUGUGUCUCCGGCUUCGUCCAAGCGAUAAGUCCAUAUACUGUAUCUCUGUUGUACAUCCGCUGGUCCUCAGCUUUCACCUGCUACUCAGUGUGUGCGUGGUUGUGUGCGCGUUACACUUGCAUGUACGUAAGAAAACUUGCGUUCUUUUACGCUCAACUUUUUUUUAUUAUUAUAAAUUCUUCUGGGAGAAAAUGAUGACAAUAUUAAGAUUUUUGUUGAGGAAAACGUGAAUGUAUCACUCUUGUAUGUUUUGUUCAUCUAUUUUGGGGGGGAGGGGGGAUAGCCAGAUGUGUGUCAACAAUAAAGUUGUGAGUACUAAUUGUGAAGGGCCUGCCGGUCAAGGGAUGACUGAGCUUGAUGUUCAGAGGUCAGCAAGUGUGAGAAAAUGUGAAAAAGUAUUUGCCAAAUAUUCAAUUCCCUGUGAUUGAUGUUAGAAUCUGGAAAAGCAGGGAUUGCGGACUGUGCUGCUUUUGAACAUAUAUAA